AUUACGGUCGUGCCGGGUCAUUAUGUAUGCAAAUAGCGUUAUAAUGCAAAUGUCUGUGUUGGCACAGAGGUUGGUUGGAUCAAAUAUGGCGAACGUUCAUUGUGGAAUACACUAAAUUCAAACGCGAUUUCAUGGGUGGAAUCGAGAGAGAAAUAUGCCCAGAAAUCAUAAUGGAGAGCUCCUACUGCCCGCAGGUUGGGAGGAAGCGAGGGAUUAUGACGGAAAAAUAUACUAUAUCGAUCACAACACCAAGCAAACUUCGUGGAUUGACCCACGAGACAGGUUAACUAAGCCACAAACUUUUGCUGACUGCAUAGGAAAUGAACUGCCAUUUGGAUGGGAAGAGGUCUACGACCCAAACUUUGGAGUCUACUAUGUCGAUCACAUCAACCAGAGAAACCAAAUUGAUGAUCCUCGUCAACAAUGGAGGCAGGCACAAGAGAAGAUGUUGAAAGAGUACCUUUACACAGCGCAGGAUGAUUUACACGCCAAACAGGAAAUAUACGCCGUCAAACAACAGCGACUAGCUUUAGCUCAGGACGAAUUCCAGCAUCUAAACAACGCUCUGAAUGGUUUUCCGUCACGGACUAGUUUGUGCUCAUCCGGGUCAUCAGGAAGCACCACGAAAUAUGACCCUGAUUUACUCAAACAGGAGGUGUCCACUGCCAAGCAUCGGGUGGCCAAACUCAAACUGGAGUUGGAACAAGUUAAGACGGAAGUACACUACAAAGAGAGAGGGGUUGCCACAUUACAACAUGUUGAUGAGAAGAUGUCUACGUACCAUACUGGAUACAUGCUGUCUGAUGCGCAGGCCAUAUUGGCGGAAAUACACAGUAUUCAGAAAUGUAUUAGCUCGGGGGAGAAAGAGAAAGCUGAUCUUAUGAUGGCGAUAGGAAAACUUAAAAGCAACUUUUCAAGUAGUAUUUCUGCACCUGAUAUCUCAAUUUCAACAACGUCGCUUGCAUCCAUCGCUAAGGAGAGGAAGAGCACGUCAUGUCAGACCAACUUAUCCGGGGACUUUGGUGCACCAUCUGGGGCUCGAUUAGCCGAGAAAGCCAAGUUAAAACUACAGUAUGAGGAAGCCAGGCGAAGACGAUGCCUUCUUCAAAUUCAGCUAGCAGAGAUUGAAAAUAAGGAACUGCCUGGCCAGCAUGAAGCUGACAAAGACCGUCUUUUACUAAUUCAAGAGAAAGAACAUUUGUUGAAAGAGCUGCGGAAAAUCAAUCCUAGAAAGAGGAGUGAGGGUGAAAUGCAACAAUUAGAUGCAGAAAAACAAAGAUUAGUUGGGGAGAUAGUGGAUGCCAAGGAGCAAUCACACAGGUUAAUAGGUGAUAGAUUAAAAUUGGAAGAGAAGAAAAAAGAAUUGGUGCAGCAGUUGUCAGAAACAACACAAUUAAGUACCUACCUUGAAAACCAGUUAAAAAGUUUGUCUGCUAGUACGUUAUCAAUUUCCUCCAGUUCAAGCCGUGGUUCGCUAAGCGCCUCCAGUAAGGGUUCUCUCGCAUCCAGUAAAGGCUCUUUGAACGUCAGUUUCACUGAUAUUUAUGGUAUACCACAUUCACAAAGUGUUGCUGACAUCAACCUCAGAGAUCUACAAGAAAAGGUUGAUGAGCUUCUCCAAGGAGGGAUGAGUCUGUCACUUUCAGUUCGAGGAACCAAUAUUUCACCAAUCCAUGAAACAUCUGGCACUGACACACCAGAAAGUUCCAAUGCCUCGCAAGGACCAUCAACCAAUAAAUUUUUAACCAAUGAGACACCAAAGUCUCUGACGUCCCUGUCCCCGCGAUCUUCCUUGUCGUCGUUAUCACCGCCGGCGUCACCUGGCAGUGGAGUUGUUACCACAGAAACAGCACCGACUCUUCCAGAAGGUCCUCCUCCUAGUUAUCAGCAACAUUUUCUAAACUUAGAAAAACAAAAGGCUCAGUUGCACUUGGACUCUAAUGAGCAUGUGCAAACGACAUCAACAGUUGUCACUGUGCCGCCUACUAGCCUUAGUAAUAAUAGUAAUAGCCAGUAUGUGCCUUUAAUUCAACAAAACACUUUUACACCGACUUAUGAUGCAAGUAGCCGAGCAGUCCAACAGGGAGUUGCAAGAAUAAAUUUGGAUUCAAAGCCAAGUACAGUGGAUUAUAAUUUGGAUGUUAUAAACCAGCCACUCAGUCCAAUAUCGGAAAGUAUUGCAGGUGUGAUUCCUGCAGACAGGCAAUCAAAUACAAAUACACGCAGUGUAUCAGCAGCUAUUUCUGACGAAUCUGUCGCCGGCGACAGCGGAGUCUAUGAGGCUGCAGUCAAGAGACCUGGUGAAGCGGGAGAUGAAGUGUUUUUUAGUGACGUGUGUCAGUCCGCUCAAGUACAGAUUGGGUUGAAAUACGACGUAACAGAUAGUCAUUUGCAUAUCAGCAUUGAACAAGCCAAGAAUCUCAACUCUCUUUCAAUUCCUGAAAAGGCAAAAGUGUACAUAAAAAUAGCAUUAUAUCCUGCCAGUACUAAUUUAGUACUUUCAACGAAACCUUGUGAUGAUAACUAUGCAGCAGUGUUCAAUGAAGUUUUCAGAGUUCCCAUCUUGGAGACGCAACUCAGUAGCAAGACGAUACAGGUCAACGUAUGGUGUGUCCGUGAAAACAAGGAUGAGGAUUGCUUGGGUGCAGCUCAAGUGAGUCUUGCUGAUUUCAACCCAGCCUCAGCGGUGAGGACACAGUGGUAUAACAUACUCAAUUUCAAGUACUUGCAGAAUGAAAGCAGAAAGUGUAGCGGUCAUACUUCACUGUCUGACUCACCAAACAGUAUAAAUAGUAAUACACCACCGAGUAACGACAGAGUGGUGGAAUUGUUGGAAGCAUUGUCAUUCAGGCUACGACGGGCAUCAACUGGCGAAAGAGUAACUGAUGACAGAACAGCGCAAGAAGAACUUGAAUCAAGGUUACGAUCAUGCUCAUUUGAUACCGGUUAUUACCAGCAUCAGCAACAACAGCAACAACAACAACAACAACAGCCGCUGCAGUAUGUUCCAGUCAUGCAUCAGGAUACCAUGUCUCUCCCAGCACCAGUCUUAACGGAAGAACAGCAACACCAAUUAUAUCUACAGCUCCAGCAGCAGCAACUGUUCCAGGAACAACAGUUGUAUGAGGAACAGUUACUGCAGCAGCAGUUGCAGCAUCAACAGCAGCAGCAACUCCAACAGCCACAAGUUCCACAGUUUACAAUAGGCAGUGAGAGUACUUUAACGAACAUAUACGAACAUGCAGAUAUGCCGGAGCAAAUGUGUUUGCCGGCACAUGUGGGCAUGCCUGAGCAUUUGAGCAUGUACGAACAAAUUGUUAUGCAAGAGCAAAUGAAUAUGUACGGACUUGCACCUGCCAACUUGUGUGAUAAGGAAACAAACACUGACGCUAUGACGAGCGGGGAGUUUAUGCGCAGUGGCAAGACUUCAAGACAUAAAGAUGAUAACAGUGGAAAUUUACGUGGUAGUAAUAUUGUUCGAUCGGCAACAUUCUCUCCUGGUCCUAAAAAACAUCAGUAUAUAUGUAAGCUUAAUCGUAGCGAUAGUGACAGUUCCAUGCCUUUGUAUCGUAGACCAUUUGUCAGGAACUCGUUGGAAAGGCGAAGUCAUCGAUGGAAGAAGAAUUCUAGAGUGCCGCAGAUUCACGUUGAAAAGAAUCACCACCGAACGUCACUGGAUCUUGAACUUGACCUUCAAGCUUCAAGAACAAAACAAGAACACAUUCAUGAAGAAAUCCAACGACUGAAGGAGAUAAAGGAACGAAUGGAAAUGGCGCAGGCUGCAGGUGAAAAUCCUAGCUGGCUCAGUCAAAGUGACAUCAUUAGAAAAUUACUUGAGAGUGCAGAAUUAGAGGUACAACGAAAACAGCAACAAGAACAAGAGAAGAACCAAAAGUUGAUGAAAAAGGCUUCUAAAGAAGUAUACAAACUUCGACAGAGCCAAAACCAGACUCCACAAAUAAUGUCAUUCAGGGAAAAGAUGGCGUUUUUCACCACAGCGAAUGUCAAUGUUCCAGCACUGCCACAGGAAUGACCUCUGAAUGUUGACCUUAUGAUCUCAGUACUGCAUUGUGGGUAAAACAUCAUUCCGGGAAAGAAGGAAAAGAAGAAAAGACUAAUCAUCGUUAACGUGUCAUCAAGGCUUUCUGAUUUUGACCAUCCUACAUAUCUAGGAAGCAGAAAAUGUAUGUUGUGUACAAUAAUACCCAGAAUGAACUUGUUACUAAAACAGGGUUAAUAACCAACCUCAAAAACGUGAUUUCAUUGUCAUCCUUAAGUUUUCAGUGUUAAAAGCACUUUUCAUGUGGGUGUGUACCCUGAAUCAAGAAAUGUGGGAGAUUGUUUUGUACCUUUGAAAAUUGGAUUUCGAAGAAGGGAUUAUUGGGAUAUUUUUAGCCCAAAAAUGUAUAUUGCCUUUUACAUCUUGAAUCGAUUAUCCCCUAUAAAGUUAUAAGCUUUUCUUAUUUCAAGAUUACAUAGCCCAGUUCGCUCAUAUUGGCCCUCGUGCUGACACACAGUGUUUCUGUGGAAAAAUAAUAUCCUGUAUAGAAAGACAUAUAGAUUUGUAUUAUAUCAUC